AUGCGUGUCGCUCUUCGCACCCUCGCUCCUCUACAUGCUAGACCGCUAGCUACUCAGAAUGUCGUUCGUUCCGUAAAUUCGCGCCAACGAUCCACCACUACCGAAUCCGCAACCGAGAAAUUGAGUCCGCGAUGGUUGGGAGAUGUCAAGCAGCGACUGGGAAGAUGCAUGAUGUUUGGGAUGAAGCCUGAGCAAGUGGCCAGAGCAGGCGCCGUACUAGACACGGUAGCAAGAGACUGGCGAGAAUUGGUUGCUGGCAGCGAAGGCUUCUUGACCUCGGAGGACCGCAGAGGGUUCUAUCGUCAUGCGGUUGUUUGGGGAGAGAUGGAUAGCAUNGGUGAGUUUGCUUUGCUAUACACGAAUUUUUGGAGGAUGGAAGCUGAGAGGACGAACAGCCAUGUCAACAACGUGAUGUACAAUCGCUAUGCCGAGUCCGCUCGCGUCAACUGGACAAGGAACUUUGCCGUGGACAUUGAUCCUAAGCACAGAAAAGAGUGGACUGAACUCAUGACGCCUAAGAGCCUUGGUCUGAUUCUAAGAUCGAUCACUACUAACUACAAGUUCCCGAUGNNAAAUGUGAGGCCCGAUCAUAUUUCCGUAUACCACAAACUCGCCUCCGAGCCGACAGCAGAAACCAACUCUUUCAUAUUAGACGUGGUCAUUAUGUCUGAGCUGCAGCAACGGCCGGCAGCACGCUGUGUGGAAGACAUAGUUGUUUAUGAUUAUCGGGCGGGUAANAAGGCACCGUUAUUGCCAUUCAUGGUAGAUGCCUUUCGCAAAACCUGGAAGUUGCAGGAGGAAGCAAAGAAAGAGAAUAGUGAGAAGGUCAGACGGUUGCUCGACGAGGUUAGAGCGCUUGAAAAAGAAACUUGGGACAGACCUGAUGCUGUGGAAGACAUGGGUGUUGCUGGGCAAUAA